AUGAACUCACCGUCGCGCAGUUGGAUCGCGCAGGGGAAGGUAUUGGUCGAUGGACAGCCCGUGACGAAGGCUGGAACGAAACUCAAGCCGAGCGUGAAGAUUGAAGUCAUCGCGGAGCAGCCGAAGUUUGUGUGUCGAGCGGGAUUGAAGUUGGAAAAGGCGCUCGCGCACUUUGGCGUGGACGUCUCGGGAUGUACGGCGCUCGACUCUGGGCUUAGCACGGGCGGUUUCACCGAUUGUUUACUCCAGAGCGGAGCGAAGAAGGUGUACGGGGUUGAUGUGGGGUACGGUCAAGUGGCUGAGAAGAUUAGGCAAGACGAGAGAGUCAUCAUCAUGGAGCGCACAAAUUUACGAUACGUCACGGACCUUCCAGACAUCGUCGACGUCGUGACGUUGGAUCUGUCAUUCAUCUCCGUCCUAAAGGUGUUACCAGCGAUUUGUAGAAUAUUAAAGCCAGGGGGGACGAUGUUAGUGCUGAUCAAGCCUCAAUUUGAGGCCAAGCGAAGUCAAAUCGGCUCCAAAGGCGUGGUUCGAGACGCAAACGUUCACAAGGAGGUGAUUGAAAACGUCAUUCAAGGCGCCAAACUGUACGGAUUCGAGUACAUCGAUCACACCACUUCGCCGAUUAAAGGCGCGAAAGAGGGCAACACGGAGUUUCUAGCGCAUUUUACCAUGUCUCUCGAUGGUCCACCUCCGGAAAUACUCCAGAACACAGUCGAGGUUGAGGAGGAUGAAUGA